UAAGUAGAGGUCCGAGUUGAGGCGAUCGAUUGCUUGAGUUUGAUGACGUAUUUUGGGAGCGUCUGUUGUGAUUUUUCUGGCGACGGAAUUGGUCUGCGGAAAUGGCGCCGGUGAGGCUGGCACAGUGGCAGCGGAACGGGGGUUUGGGGACACGUGGCGAAGGGGGUUCUUCGGUCGCAUUCAGGAAUAAGAAUGUGAAACAGAGGAUAUGGCGGCCUAACUAUUCUCAAGCCUUCGUGGGGAGCGUACGCGAAGGACAAGGCUUUGCAUUUCGGAGGAAACUGAAGAUUCAGCAAAAUUACAAGAAAUUGCUAUGGAGGAAAAAGAAGGUUCAAAUAUCUCAGGAAUCCCAAUUCAAAGAUCGAUACCCAGAUCAUCUGAAACAUCUAUACUUAGCUGAAGAGGAAAGACUCAGGAAGCAACAAAGAAAAGUUGACCAGCGUUUGUCAGAAGAGCAAGUUGACCAAACUUUGCCUGACGAACAGCAUAGCAUUGACCAGUGUUUGUCUGAAGACCGGUAUAGCUUUGACCAGCCUCAGCCAGAAAAACAAUGUAGCAAGACAGUAAAGUCCUUUAACGUUCCAAAGCAAAAUAAAAAGAAAACAUCAAAUCAAAAAGCACAAGAAGAAUAUGAAAAGGUACAAGCUAAGCGUGCUGCUAAGAAACAAGAAUUUGAGAGGAGAAAACAAGAGAGAGAAGAAGCUCAAAGGCGCUACAAGAAGAAGAAAAUGGAAGUGUUCAAAAUAUUGAGUAAAAAGACUAAAAAGGGCCAACCAAACUUGAAUUUACAGAUGGAAUAUCUUCUUCAAAAAAUACAAGAAAAAAAUUGAAUCAUAUUUUUUUCCUCAGAGGUUAACAUACCUGCUGCCCUUUGACUCCUUUCUUUUGUAUGUGUAAUAGGUACAUCCUAACAAUGAACUUGAUUUGUCAACAUAAACUAUAUUGCUGAACUCUACUAAAUAUAAAAUGUCUAAAUAUUUUUGUUCUUAUAAAAGAAACUUUUCUAUAUAUACUCUACAUAAUAUGACGUGUUUCUUAUUUGUUUGCCUCUGAAGGAAGGUUGUCCUGAAGAACUUAAAGAACCUUCAAUUGGGGAGACAGACUCAAGCAUGUAGUACUUUUGUACCAAAUGAAAUUUGUAUGAAAUAAAAUGUUUUCAAAAUAAGGGAGCAGAGCUUCUAAUGAAGUAUUUCAGUGAAAAAUUUCAAUUUAAUAAUCAGCUAUAUGGUUUUGAAAUUCAUUUUAAUGAUAAAGGAGGCAAAGACUCCCCUUGGAUUAUCUAUUUAUUUAUUUAAAAUUAAAUACAUGUUACAGGCGGAUAGACCUUUCAGAUAUUUGGGUGCUGAAAUAACCUUCUGCCUUCACAGUAUAACAGGGUGUUCUUUGUAAAGCAAGUUAGCUUAUGAACUCAGAGAAUCUGAUAUUUAUAAACAUUCCCUUAAAUGGAAGUACAUAGCUUGUUCGUGUAAGAUGUUUUAAAUGAUGAUGGAAACUCAGCAGUGUCACAGCCAGAAUUAAGACUUUGAGAUCCUGUGGGACCCUACACUGUAAGAACAUUGUCACUGUGUCAUCCCUGUUGAUACUCUUGUGAGCUGAGGGAAACUACUGAAAUAAUUGUUUCUCCUGCCUUGCAAUUAAGGCAAAAGUUCAAUAGAAAGUGCUUAGGGAACACUGAACUUACUUUUUUUUUUUAGGAGAUUGGUCUCACUCUCUUGCCCAGGCUGGCCUUUGACUCAUAGUCUCAAAUAAUCCUGUCUCAGCUUCCUGAGUAGCUGGGGCUACAGGUAUGUGCCACCAUACCUAGCUUGAAUGUAUUCUUUAUUGCAUAGAAAAACAACACUUGGAAUUUUGUAAUACACUAUAUUGCAUUUAAAAUAAGCAGCCCAGAAUGUCUAAAUUUUGCUAUAUUGGCAAAGACAAUACAUCAUGAUGCACAGUAAAUAUUUCAAUAAAUUAUUUCAUAAUGAUUUUA